AACACCAAGGCAACGUCGUUCUCUUUCGCCUCUGUGCACGCAAACGGCGUGUAGUGUGAUUUUCGGUGUCGUGCAGAGAUCCUAGCAAAAAACAUCAAAAAUGGUUAACUUCACCGUAGAUAAAAUCCGUGCCAUGAUGGACAAGAAGCGGAACAUCCGCAAAAUGUCCGUCAUCGCCCACGUCGAUCACGGCAAGUCCACUCUGACGGAUUCGCUGGUCUCGAAAGCCGGUAUCAUUGCCGGUGCCAAGGCCGGAGAAACCCGAUUCACCGAUACCCGCAAGGACGAACAGGAACGGUGCAUCAGGAUCAAGUCGACUGCCAUAUCUAUGUACUUCGAGCUGGAAGAACAGGAUCUGGUGUUCAUCACCAACCCGGACCAGCGCGACAAGGACUGCAAGGGUUUCUUGAUCAACCUGAUCGAUUCGCCCGGGCACGUUGAUUUCUCGUCGGAGGUGACGGCCGCUCUGCGUGUCACUGACGGUGCUCUCAUCGUCGUCGAUUGCGUGUCAGGCGUGUGCCUCCAGACCGAAACCGUGCUGUGUCAGGCCAUCGCCGAACGUAUCAAGCCGGCAUCCAAGGGUUCCGUCGGUUUCGGAUCCGGUCUCCACGGAUGGGCCUUCACUUUGAAACAGUUCGCUGAGAUGUACUCGGUGAUGUUCAAGAUCGAUGUCGUGAAGCUGAUGAACCGUCUGUGGGGAGAGAACUUCUUCAACGCCAAGACCAAGAAGUGGGCCAAGGUCAAGGACGACGACAACAAGCGUUCGUUCGUUAUGUACGUGUUGGACCCGAUUUACAAGGUGUUCGAUGCUAUCAUGAACUACAAGACCGACGAAAUCCCCAAACUGUUGGAGAAGAUCAAGGUUACCCUGAAGCACGAGGACAAGGACAAGGAUGGAAAGAACCUGUUGAAGGUUGUGAUGCGUACUUGGUUGCCAGCUGGUGAAGCUUUGCUUCAGAUGAUUGCCAUCUAUCUGCCAUCGCCUGUCGUUGCCCAAAAGUACCGUAUGGAGAUGUUGUACGAGGGUCCUCAUGAUGAUGAGGCUGCCGUCGCUGUCAAGAACUGUGACCCUGAGGGACCUCUGAUGAUGUACGUUUCCAAGAUGGUACCGACCUCGGACAAGGGACGUUUCUACGCCUUUGGACGUGUAUUCUCUGGUAAGGUCGCCACUGGCCAGAAGGCCCGUAUCAUGGGCCCGAACUUCACCCCCGGCAAGAAGGAAGAUUUGUACGAAAAGGCUAUCCAGCGUACUAUUUUGAUGAUGGGACGUUACGUUAAAGCUAUUGAGGAUGUUCCAUGCGGUAACAUUUGCGGUCUGGUCGGUGUCGAUCAGUUCCUGGUUAAGACCGGUACCAUCACUACCUUCAAGGACGCCCACAACAUGAAGGUUAUGAAGUUCUCUGUCUCACCUGUCGUGCGUGUUGCUGUUGAACCCAAGAACCCCGCUGAUUUGCCCAAGCUCGUCGAAGGUCUGAAGCGUCUGGCCAAGUCCGAUCCUAUGGUGCAGUGUAUCAUUGAAGAAUCUGGCGAACACAUCAUUGCCGGAGCUGGUGAACUUCACUUGGAAAUUUGCCUCAAAGAUCUGGUCCCGUUGAAGAAAUCCGACCCCGUCGUAUCCUAUCGUGAAACUGUCUCGGACGAAUCCGACCAGAUGUGUUUGUCCAAGUCGCCCAACAAGCACAACCGUCUGUUCAUGAAGGCCGUUCCCAUGCCCGAUGGUUUCGCUGAGGACAUCGACAAGGGUGAUGUGAACCCACGUGACGACUUCAAGGUCCGUGCCCGUUACCUGGCCGAGAAGUACGAUUACGAUGUAACUGAAGCCCGUAAGAUCUGGUGCUUCGGUCCGGAGGGAACUGGUCCCAACAUCGUUGUUGACUGCACCAAGGGUGUGCAGUACCUGAAUGAAAUCAAGGACUCCGUCGUCGCUGGUUUCCAGUGGGCCUCAAAGGAAGGUGUUUUGGCCGAAGAAAACAUGCGAGGUGUCCGCUUCAACAUUUACGAUGUUACUCUGCAUGCUGAUGCUAUCUAUCGCGGUGGUGGUCAGAUCAUUCCGACCACCCGUCGUGUACUGUACGCUUCGUACAUCACCGCUGCUCCUCGUAUCAUGGAGCCCGUCUACCUCUGCGAGAUCCAGUGUCCGGAAGUAGCUGUCGGUGGUAUCUACGGUGUGCUCAAUCGUCGUCGUGGCCACGUCUUCGAGGAAGCUCAGGUCACCGGUACGCCCAUGUUCGUCGUCAAGGCGUACCUGCCCGUAAACGAGUCCUUCGGCUUCACCGCUGAUUUAAGAUCCAACACCGGCGGACAGGCGUUCCCACAGUGCGUGUUCGAUCACUGGCAGAUCCUGCCCGGAGAUCCAACUGAGACUGGCAGCAAACCCGCUACCAUCAUCUAGGACAUCCGUAAGCGUAAGGGUCUGAAGGAGGGUCUCCCAGAUCUCACGCAAUAUCUGGACAAGUUGUAA